GCCUGCCUUUCCUAAGCUCCCCACCCUACCUCCCCUGCACUAUAUUACACUUCUGUUCAUCAGACUAGCCUCUCUUUGCCUUCCUCACUCUCCCCUCUGCCUGUCCUCCCUACAAAUCUAAGCAUUGUGACUCUGCUCUUCUCCAAAUUCGACUUCUCUCCUCUUGUUUCCAGCAGUUGCCUGACACUCUGCCCUCUUCCAAAUUGCCUGGAUUUCUUAGCAAGCGUGGACUUUAGCAGCAAACCCAAGAUAUAGAGAUUUCCUUAUACAGACCACAUCAUGGCAUCUGGCGUGACAGUUAAUGAUGAGGUCAUCAAAGUGUUUAAUGAUAUGAAGGUGAGAAAAUCCCAAACGGCGGACGAGGUAAAGAAGAGGAAGAAGGCCGUCCUGUUCUGCCUCAGCCCUGACAAGAAGGAGAUCAUUGUGGAGACAGAGAAGCAAAUAUUAGUGGGAGAUAUUGGCAACACAGUCGAGGAUCCAUACAGGACCUUUGUUAAUCUUUUGCCACUCAAUGACUGCCGUUAUGGACUGUAUGAUGCUACUUAUGAGACCAAGGAAUCCAAGAAAGAGGACCUUGUCUUCAUCUUCUGGGCUCCUGACAACGCGCCACUGAAAAGCAAAAUGAUCUAUGCCAGUUCCAAAGAUGCCAUUAAGAAGAAGUUCACAGGCAUCAAACACGAGUGGCAAGUGAAUGGCAUGGAUGAUAUUAAAGACCGAAGCAACCUUGCAGAUAAACUAGGUGGCAAUGUGGUUACUUCACUUGAAGGUGUUCCAUUAAAAUGAACGCAAUUCCUUUUGAUGUGGAAGCUUAUAGUACCUACCAUAUCAGUUCCUGUUCUGACCACAUGGAAGGUUCUAGGUUUUUGUUUUAUUUAUUAAAUAAUGUUUUUUGAAUAUUUUCCUCUGUGAAAACAAUAAACCACGUUGGUGCUUGGAAAAAUUAAGUAAACUAACACCGUACAAAACUGUCAUAUCAUUAAAGCAUAAGGAACAACGUGUUUUUA